ACACUAGUAUUCUGUGCGAAAGAGCGAUACUGAAUUCUUUCGGAAAGUGUCCUUAGACCAUGGUUAGGGAACCUGUUUUUAAGAAAUUGCAAUAUUCGGCGCGCGCUUUUCCAUAUACGCUAUAAUAACUGAGCUAGGGUUUAUUGUCUUCUCUUCUCCUUCAGCCAGCUUACUGAACCACUUUAUUCUAACCUGAAUAUCAGGGUAAAAGAAACCUUAUCUGUGCAGCAGCGUUUUGAACUUCGAAUUUAUAUUAUGGAGGCUUCUUGUGGAGCUGCAGUGAUGGGUUCUUCUAUUCAGCAACCUGUUUGGGUUAAAGGAUCAGCUUUUCCUUUAAAAGGUGAAAUGAUAAAAUUUAAUGGGGUGGUUAAAUUAUGCUCUGUUAAGCCUUGCAGAGCCUUUCAACUUGAAGGGAGCUUGGUUACUGGAAGGCCUCCUUCUUCUGUUUCUGGUCCUAUCCCAGAAAUGGCAGGUGCUGGGAGCAGCUUUGUAGACUAUGAAUUGGGUGAAGCUGAUCCUGAAGUUCGUGGUAUUAUUGACAAAGAGAAGGAACGUCAAUUUCGGAGCUUAGAGCUUAUUGCCUCUGAGAAUUUCACAUCUCGAGCAGUGAUGGAGGCAGUGGGUUCUUGCCUUACAAACAAAUACUCCGAAGGACUACCAGGCAAAAGAUAUUAUGGUGGAAACGAGUAUAUUGACAAGUUAGAAAUACUCUGUCAAGAGAGGGCUUUGGCAGCCUUUAACUUAGAUGGAAAACAGUGGGGCGUCAAUGUUCAACCACUGUCUGGCUCUCCAGCAAAUUUCGAAGUUUAUACAGCAAUUCUUAAUCCACAUGACCGGAUCAUGGGAUUGGACUUACCUCAUGGAGGUCAUUUGUCCCAUGGAUUUAUGACUCCUAAAAGACGAGUUUCAGGCACAUCUAUUUACUUUGAAUCCAUGCCUUAUCGGCUUGAUGAAUCUUCAGGCCUUGUUGAUUAUGAAAUGCUUGAGAAAACGGCAACCCUUUUUCGGCCAAAACUUAUUAUUGCCGGUGCUAGUGCAUAUCCCCGAGAUUUUGAUUAUCCUCGUAUGAGAAAGAUAGCAGAUGCUGUUGGAGCCUUUCUCAUGAUGGAUAUGGCGCACAUUAGUGGCCUUGUUGCCGCCUCUGUAGUUGCUAAUCCAUUUGAUUACUGUGACAUUGUUACAACAACAACUCACAAGUCUCUGAGAGGUCCUAGAGGAGGAAUGAUCUUCUUCAAGAAAGAUCCCAUUCUAGGUGUUGAUUUGGAAACUGCCAUCAACAAUGCUGUUUUUCCAGGGUUGCAGGGUGGCCCGCAUAAUCACACAAUUGGAGGAUUAGCUGUUUGCUUGAAGCAUGCCAAAUCACCUGAUUUCAAGGCUUAUCAGAACAAGGUGGUCUCUAACUGUAGAGCUCUUGCAAGCCGGUUAACGGAGUUGGGGUACAAGCUGGUUUCUGGAGGAACUGACAAUCAUUUGGUUCUAGUGGAUCUCAGGCCCUUAGGUGCUGAUGGUGCUAGAGUGGAGAAAAUACUUGACAUGGCAUCAAUCACGCUCAAUAAGAAUUCAGUACCAGGUGAUAAAAGUGCACUAGUGCCUGGUGGUAUACGCAUAGGUUCACCUGCAAUGACCACUCGAGGUUUCUCUGAGAAGGAAUUUGUAACAGUUGCAGACUUCAUUAAUGAGGGUGUGCAGAUAACUCUUGAGGCCAAGAAGUUAGUCUCUGGUACAAAGCUUCAAGAUUUCUUGAAGUUUGUUACUUCACCGGAGUUCCCUUUGAUCGAUAAGGUGUUAAAUUUGCGAAGAAGAGUUGAAGCUUUGACAACCCAAUACCCAUUGCCCGGCUUGUGAAGAAACAUUGGUGGAGACUCAAUUGCUUCCAAUAGCAAACUGGUCCCAAGAAUUUUAUAACAGGCAAACUUUUGCCAUUUCUUAAUGUAGGGUGGUGACAUGAACUUAUAUGUAUAAUAGUUUUGCCUUCAGAUAAUCAGUAACUGUUGUCCUGGAAAAUAAAGUGGUUUGUCGAA